AAAAUAAAAAUGAGAGCAGACAGUAAAUAAAUAAAUAAAUAAAUAAAUAAAUAAAUAAAUAAAUAAAUACUUAAUUGUUAAUAAUAAAUGCAAAAAAUAAAUAUAUAUUUAUAAUAAACAAAAAUAAAAAUACAUUAACAAUAACAACAACAAGAGUAUAUAGGUAUAAAUUAAUAAAAUACAAAAUGAGCAUUGAUGAUAAUAAUGGAAAUGGAGUGAUGGUAGUAAAAGCUCAACCAGUAAGAAAAAUAUUUAAAGCUCCAUUAAGAAUAACAAAAAUACCACAAGAAUUACUAAAUGAUCCAUUGAUAAAUGCAGCAUCAUCAGCAUUACCAAUAAAUUAUAAUUUUGAAAUUCACAAAACAAUAUGGAGAAUACGUGAAUUAAAAGCAAAACAAGUUGCAUUACAAAUGCCAGAAGGUUUAUUACUAUAUGCAACAACAAUUGCUGAUAUUAUUGAAGAAUUUACUGAUGCUGAAACAGUUAUAAUGGGUGAUGUUACAUAUGGUGCAUGUUGUGUUGAUGAUUAUACAGCUCGUGCAUUGAAUAUUGAUUUAUUAAUUCAUUAUGGACAUUCAUGUUUAAUACCAAUUGAUCAAACUGAUGGUAUAAGGGUACUUUACAUAUUUGUUGACAUUAAAAUUGAUACAGCACAUUGUAUUGAUUGUCUACAAGUAACAUUACCAAUAUUAACUAAAAUAGCACUUGUUAGUACAAUACAAUUUGCUGGUACACUACCAGUAAUUGCUAGAGAAAUGAGAAAUGCUGGUUAUGAAGUUACAAUACCACAAAGUAAACCACUAAGUCCUGGAGAAAUACUUGGAUGUACAUCACCAGUAAUACGUUGUGCUGAUGCAUUGGUAUAUCUUGGUGAUGGACGUUUUCAUCUUGAAGCAGCAAUGAUUGCAAAUCCAAAACUUCAAGCUUACAGAUAUGAUCCAUAUGAAAAAAAAUUAACUGAAGAAUUUUAUGAUCAUGUUAGCAUGAAAAUAAAUAGAUUAAAUGCUAUUGAAAAUGCUAAAAAUGCAAAUACAAUUGGCUUGGUACUUGGUACACUUGGUAGACAAGGUAAUCCAAAUGUAUUAAAAGUACUUGAAAAAAAAAUUAAAUUAGCUGGUAAAAAAACAGUUAAUAUAUUAUUAUCAGAAAUAUUUCCUGAUAAAAUAUCAAUGUUUGAUCAUAUUGAUGCAUUUAUACAGAUUGCUUGUCCAAGAUUGAGUAUUGAUUGGGGUACAGCAUUUCAAAAGCCAUUUUUAACACCAUAUGAGGGUGCAGUAGCACUCAAUGUAUCGAAAUAUGAUCAUGAUAAACCAUACCCAAUGGAUUUUUAUGCGUCAGCAAGUCUUGGACCCUGGACACCCAAUCACAAACCCAUUGAUCUUGAAAAACAAACUGACACAUGUUGUGGUAAAUGUAAAGACAAGUAAUCAAUUAUUUAUUAAAUUAAAUUUUCAUUUUUUUUUUAUAUAUCAAAUUAAAAUAACGAAAGCAAAAAAGAAUUUUUAAUCAAUAUUUGUAUAAAUAUUAUUUUAUUUUGAAUAAUAUAUAUAAAAAAAUUUUAAAAUAA